AUGUCUAUCUUUAUUUCAAUGUACAAAGAAAAGAACAUGGCACUUCCGCUUGUGCCGCCGAACGAGGGUGGAACUUACAUUAUCACAGGGGCAAACACAGGACUUGAUUUCGAGUGUCCUCAAAACUUGGUUCGCCUGUCGGCGGGUAGGGUAAAACUCGCCGUCCGCUCCAUAGAUAAAGUUGCGGAAGUAGAGCCUCUCGACCUCACCUCCUACGACUCAGUCAAGGGAUUCGCCAAGAAGAAUGCGAGUAUUGCAGUGGAUUCUUAUACAAUCUCAGAAGGGUUUGAGACGAGCAUAGCUGUGAAUGUUCGGGAAAAGCAUGGUCUCACACCACAUUUGGUGGUCACAGGAAGCGGUGCAGCGUUAUCCGCAAAGGGGCAGCUGGAGAAGGUGGAGGGCAACAUACUGAAAGGACUGACCUACAACACUAUGGGUGAAAGAACCCAAAGAUAUUUCGUCACCAAGCUUUUGCAACUAUACGCGGUCCAAGAGCUCGCCGCCCUCAAACCGUGUUCGGAGACCGGAGUAGUCAUAAGCUGUGUCAACCCCGGAUUCUGCAAUACCGGAUUGAGUCGACACGCCCGCUUCACAAAACGGAUCGAGAUGAAUUUGAUGCAGUUCCUCGUGGCGACAACUGCGGAUCAGGGCCGCAGGACCAUAUUGCACGCAGCCACUGCAGGGAAGCAGAGUCACGGCAAAUAUUUGUCCAAUUGCGAAGCUGCAGAAGAAGAUCCGCUCCUAUCAUUUGUUACAAACGAGGCUGGUAUGGUGAUGCAGAAGCGGGUGUGUGACAGCAUCUCAAGGAAAUUGAAUGAAAUUCAACCCAGGUGUUUCCAAGAGGAUCGUUAG